AUGGCUACGACUUCGCUCCGACCAUCAUUCACUGGUGCUCGCACUAUCAUAUUAUUUGGCGUGUCUCCCGUGCGCGCGACACUAUACUCGAGCGCAAGAUAUCCAAACGUCCGGUACCGCAAUGGCAGCCUCGUGCGCCCAAUCGAUGACGUGCCCGGCAGGCAAUUGACGCUGGGAAGCCGGAGUGUACAUACCAUCGCCAACUCUGAGACAAAGAACAUGCGUGCUAUACUCGUCAAAGACGGCAAAGGGCCUGCCGAAAAUCUCUACAUCGGCGAAGCGCCUGAGCCUGCGCUCGGGGAGGGGCAGGUCAAAGUCCAGGUCAAGGCAUUUGGGCUCAAUCGCGCGGAGACCUCGCAAAGAGAGGGCGCUUAUCCACCCCCGCCUGGCGUUACGAAUAUCAUCGGACUGGAAUUCGCCGGUAUUGUAGCUGAAGCUGGCGCCGGCUCUCGUUGGAAGAAGGGUCAAGAGGUUCUGGGUCUCGCUGCUGGCGGCUCAUAUGCGGAGUACAUUGUCGUGCCGGAAGGCAGCGUGAUGCCGAAGCCUGAGCAUCUUUCUUGGGCUGAGGCAGGCGCUAUUCCUGAAGCAUUCCUAACGGCAUAUCAGGCUUUGAAGCUUGUAGCGGAGAUGAAGGAGGGAGAUCAUGUUCUAGUCCACGCUGGUGCAUCCGGUGUGGGAAUCAGCGCUAUCCAACUGGCGAGAUACUUUGGCCCGAAGACGGUGACUGCUACGGCAUCAUCGAAGGAGAAGCUAGACUGGCUUCUCUCACUACCCGCCGGUGCCACUCACGUCGCAAAUUACCGGACCGAGGACUUCUCCGAGGUUGUGAAGGACGCUACGGGUGGUCAUGGAGCGGACGUGGUAAUCGAUAUGGUCGGACAGACUCACUGGGAGCGAAACAUCAAGGCUAUGGCCGCCGACGGGAGGAUGACGGUCCUUGCGUUCAUGAGUGGCAACGAGGUUCCAAAGGUGAACCUUGCUCCGAUCCUCUUCAAGCGUCUGCGCAUCCAAGGCAGCACGCUACGGGCGCGCGAUGUCGAGUACAAGGCGCGCCUUGUGGAAGAGUUCAGCAAGGUGUUGCCCGACCUUACCGGAAGCGAGGGGGAUGGUAAAUUGCGCGUCUACAUCCACAAGGUGCAUCCGUGGAACGAGAUCGUCGAGGCUACUCGCGAAAUGGAGGCAAAUAAGAACUCCGGGAAGAUUGUCUGUGAGGUUGUGUAA